GGGAUCCGCGAUCAAAGCGGGGUUAGUCCCAGGUAAGUGGGAUCCGCGACCAAAGCGGGGCAGCUCCUCUGUAAAGAAAGAGAGAGCAUUACAUUUUAUUGCAGCUGCACUGUGUACUUUCGCUUUUGUUUUCUGUGUUUCUUUUGUUGUUGUGACGACAGGGAUGCUCCCCUGUAAAAGGAAGAGAGCGGGGACUUUUGUACUUUCACUUUCUUUAUAGCUCUAAAAACAUUAUGGGCGUUGCUUCUUCAAGCCCUAUUUUGUUGGCCCUAGAUGUGUUGUUACAUUCAAAAGGACUUAAGAUAAAGCAGAGUACUUUGCAGAUGUUUUUAAGAGAAGCUGAUAUAGCGGCUCCUUGGUUUGCUUUUUCAGGGAGUCUUAUGGUUCCCAGCUGGGACAAAUUAGGGAAAGAUCUAAAUUUCGCUCAUGAGCAAGGUACCUUGCAGGGUGGCAUUAUACCACUUUGGAAGUUAGUUAGAGGAUGUAUAACAGAUGGUAAAUGCCAGGAAGCUGUGAGUGAGGGUCAAGCUAUUCUUGAGCAACUGCAUGAGGAAAAAUCUGAAGGAUCAUGUAGUGAAGUGGCAGAGAGUAUUAAAAGUAACAGUAGUGAGAAGGCAAAAGAGCCUGAAGAUAAAAAUAGGAGAAGGCUCUACCCAGACUUGACCGAAUUAAAAACGCCUGAGAACACAAGCGACUCAGAGAGUUCUGAGGACCUUGAUAUAUUGUUACAACAACUACAUAAGAUAAAAAUGAAAAAGAAGAAAAAGGAGACACAGGGCACGCAGGCCUACUGUAAGAAGGGGAAGGGAGUUAACAUCGGUCAACAAAACUCUGAGGAGGAGGAGGUAGAAUAUCUAGAAGAAGAUAUGGUGCCGAUUGCCCCACCUCCGUAUGUGGGGGGGAGCCAAGGUUCCGGGAGAUCUUUUCAUGCACAAGUUUGGAGGACAGUUAAUACAGAUAUGGGACUUGCAUACCCUGUAUUUCAGGACAAUAACAGGGAAAGAUAUCAUGAGCCUUUAGACUUUAAGAUAAUUAAAACCUUGGCAGAAUCUGUCCGCACUUAUGGCAUAGAUGCCGCUUUCACUCUCACUCAGGUGGAGGGACUUACUAGAUUUUGCAUGACUCCCUCAGAUUGGGCUAGUCUAGUCCGCGCUUGUGUUUCCCCAGGGAAAUAUUAGGAGUCCAAAGUUGGCUGUUUAAUGUUUCUGGCAGUACCCAAGACUCAGAGCGAGGUAGGAGGCUUAAAAUUUCUACAAAUAAUUCACAAUUAUCUAAUGCUACAUUACCCUCUGCAACAGUCUGUCUCCAAUCUCCGUUCCUGUUUCUUUUGGCUAAUGAUACAUUACAGGGGAUGCUUAAUUGCUCUAAUAUUACCUGUUAUUUGUCUGAGUGUUGGAAUGGAUCCUGGCCUAUGGCAGUGGUUAUGAAAAUUCCAACUUUUGUCCCGAUCCCGGUUACUGCAGAUCCAGAGUCAUUUCCUAUUGUUGAACUGAUUAGAGCCCAUAGAGAUUUUGGAAUUACGGCAGCUAUAGUGACAGCUAUGGCGGUAUCUGCUGCUGCAGCAGUUACAGCUGGAGUAGCCAUGGCCAGCCAGGUUCAAACUGCUGCCACUAUUAAUCAGGUUAUUCAACAAACAUCCACCAUACUUAAAUCUCAAAGUAAAAUUAAUCAACACAUUUUAUCUGGGAUUCUGGCUGCUAAUCAAAGGAUAGAUCUACUUCAAGCUCAAGUUGAGGAAUUGUCUGAUCUAGUACAUUUGGGUUGUAUUGAUCAACGUGCACAUUUAUGUAUAACCUCUGUCAGAUUUUAUGAUUCCAGAAAUGCCUCCCGCAUCAUCGGGGAGUAUCUAUCCGGAACCUGGUCCAUGGAAGCAGAAAACUUGAUCCAGUCUCAACUAACUCAGAUUGCUGUUUUGAACAGUACCCGUGUCGAUCCCGUGACUUUGGGGUGCUGUCAACUUGUUUGUCGUUAUAAACAGCCACAGUUCAGCCUCAGCUAUCCCCCUUCGUCCACCAUCGUCACGAUACAGGAUGCGAGGCAAGGCACUACACUUGAGUGAUCCUUGACGUGGACCUCAAGGAGAGCAUGUCCUAUUGCAUGCGGGUUAGACGCGUCCACGCCCCGCCCCACAA